AUGAAUCACACACAAGCAACUGUGGAAGAAGAAUUAUUUCAGAAUUUGUGUGCCUUGUUUCCUCAUCUUGAAACAGAGCUCAUUGAAUCCGUGAUGGAACAGUGCAGUAAUGAGGAAGAGGCAUGUAUUGAAUUGUUAGUGGAUAUUACUGCUGAUGAUGAGGAAGAAGAAACUUUGGUUGAACACAUGAUUCAUACUGUUGUACCACAUGUACUUUCUGGAAGUAGUACAUUGGUACCUCUAAAUCAUUCCCAAGUGAAUGAUGAUGAUGAUCAUUAUCGGAAUGAAGAUGGUUUUGAAAAUCAUGAGGAAGAAGAGGUGAUUGAUGAGAAGGAAAGAGGAGUUGAAUUUAAAAACGAGAAUGAAUCAUCUUCGUAUCAAAGAAGGAUCUCUAAAUCAGGAAGAGCAAAAAAAUUAUUUACCAUUUUGAGAGGUCAUGAAAUUUUGGAUGAGAUGGAAAGGGAGUUGUCUGUGGUGAGCACUAUUUUACCUGUGCAAACAAAGUAUCAGACAGAUGCUAUUUUAAAAAUCUACAAAUGGAAUACAGAAAAAUUAAUUCAAGAUUAUGGUGAGCUUGGAAUUGAUGGAAUUCUUUCUAAAUGCGGACUAUUAGUCAACAAAUCAGAAGAUGACACUCAAGACCAUCAUGUAUCUUGUUGUGACUCUUGCUUUAGCGAAAAUGUGACACUUAUAAAGAAUGACAUUUGUGGUCACGAAUUUUGUGAAGACUGCUGGAGAAGUUAUGUGGAAGCCAGUAUUUCACAAGGUCUUCUUAAUGGUAACAAGAUUAAUUGUAUGGCUUUUGGAUGCAAUGCAACCAUCACUGAAGAAUUCAUGAUGUCAUUUGUCAGUGAUAAGUUUAACGAAAUGUUUUUGAAAACAAAAAUCGAUUUAUUUGUUGCCAAUAAUCACAGAUUGCGAUGGUGUGUGACUCCAAACUGUGAAGGCUGUAUUAAGAAGCUCUGCGACGAGAAUCUGUAUUAUGUUCAUUGUGAUUGUGAUGCUGAAUUUUGUUUUCAUUGUGGAGAAGAACCUCAUUUUCCAGCUUCUUGUUCCAUGUUCCAGAAAUUCCGCCAAAUUGGACAAGAUGUUUCACGAAAUGUGGAAUUCAUUAAGAACACGAGUACUCAAUGUCCAGGAUGUAAAGUUUUUAUUACCAAACAUCAAGGAUGUGAUCAAAUGACAUGUGCUCUCUGUCACACACGAUUUUGUUAUUCAUGUGGUAAACAACAUGGCUAUGGAGUGAUGUGUAGUGGCAUCAAAGAACGAGGUAAUUCAAAAUAUAACGAUGAAGAUUAUUAUAUCGAGGAGAUUCAUACUCGAUAUCAAUACAAAUACAAUCUCUACAAGCAAUGGCUGAUAGAACAGCAAUCAAGCCAAUACCUUUAUAAUUUGAUUGUUUCAAGUCGAUCGACAGCAACCUCACGAUUUGGAUAUUGUGACAGCGAUUUUAAAUUUAUGUUUGCAAUGCUGUCCAUGAUUAUCCGAACGCGACGAUUGUUGAAGUCUUGUUCAGUAUUUGCAUUCUUUGCCUUUGGUUUGGAUGUGUUUUUGAAAGAACAUUCAUUGACGAAAAAAGUUGAUAAAUCUCUCAAGCGAAAUGUUGGAGAAAAGAAGAAGACUGAAAAAGCGAAACAAGUAAUUCGCCACGAUCUUCAAAACCUCAAGACUUAUGGCUUCUUGUUUGAUAGUCAUUAUGAGAGCUUGGAAAAAUAUGUGCAAGAAUUAUUGGGACAUUUGCAUGAUUUUGUCGCCAAGGGCUUUGACGAAGCGAAACAUAUGUCGUUUGCUGGGUUUAAAAUUCAGACAAACAAACUCACGGAGGUGGUCACAAAACAAACUGAGAAUUUGCUCGAGACCAUUAAACGAAUGGAAAUGAACGACCUUAAACAGCAGUAA